AAUGAGCGUAAAGGGGCGGGGUCACGACUUCCAGGGCUCUGUGGGUCGGGUGCCCGACUAGGGUGUCGGCUUUCGCUUACAGCGGUGCUUUCACGGUUUGAGGCCCUUGGGCUUUGAUGAGGAGCUGCUGCUGCCCUGAGACCCCAGCAGAAGCCUCUGGCUGUGCAAGGAGGGAUGCCCGCAUUCCUGCGUAUUACCUGACCAGCAGCUCCUGCCCGGGCUCCGCCGUCCUCCUGUCCUCCACUGCCGAUUGGGGGGAGGCCUGUGUCGCCGCCGUGGAAGGGGCAGUCCGUCUCUUUGGGGAAGCAUGGAGUGUGCCGUGUCCCCAGCACGCUGCUGCCCAGCUCCCGCUCACUUCUUUUUAGAGAGACUGGGCCUGUGAGUUUUGUCUGGAAGCUGAAGGCUGGAUCAGUAAGGAGAGGCUUGACCCGGAUACGUGCCUGAGCCUUCAGUGGUGCUUUGCUGUUUGACUGAAAUCGCGCAGCGCACCGAGUGUCCAUCUCCUCCAGGAUUACAGUCCAUCUCACCCCCUGUUCCCUCUCUGGGGUCCGACCCCCCCCCCCACCUUGCUGUUCUUCAUGGCUUAUGUUAAUCUGCCUGUGUUCAGCCUCAGGUCUCAGGUCCAGGGUGUAAUCUGACGUCUUUUAAGCUGCUGUACUUAUUCCAGGCUUAGACCUUCUAACCAUCCAAGCAACCAGUAAAUGAUGAUCUUGUUGUGACUUUUACAUGAUUCAUCAGAGUGCUUUUGGUAGUUUAUCAUUUUCUAAUACACAGCUGUGCUGCUCCAUGGCCAAGAAGGUGGUUUAAGGGCACCAGUGUAAGUGUCCUUGUGGGACUGGACCCCAUGACCUCAUGGUUCUGACUUCGGUUCCUUAAUGGUUCUGAGUGAUGGCCGUGUGGCUUCUCCAGUUCCUCUCUGCGUGGGCCUUUCCUGGGGCAUUAGGCAGCUCUGUGUAGGAGAGGCUGAGCUGUCUGCUUGACGGGAUGGUGCGGAAGGCACCCCCAGCUGUGCCCCUAUCGAGCCCCAGAGGGUGACGUUCUCAGGGAGCCUCUGCUAGUGUGCCUGUUCCCUUCUGUGUACUUCGUUUAGUUACUCAGAAGGUGUUCAGGAGCUUCUGUCUGGUUUGCAUGAGUGCACAGUUGCACCUUCCUGCUCUCUGGUUAUUUUUAUUCAUUACGAUUAAGGAUGGACCUGAGGUUGGUUAAAUAUUUCGAUGUCCAGGCAGAGUGCAUGUGGCCCGGAGGGUGAAGCUCUUCCCUGAAGCUUUCCUCCACUCUGUCUGCCACUUGCUGGCCUUGUUCCUUGUUCCUGCCCUUGAGCUCGUUUUCACCCCCUCCGACCCUUCACCCGAAAGAAAGCGUGUGAUGCCCGCGGUCAGCAAGGGUGGGGGUGCCGCUGGCCCCUCUUCAUCGCCCCCAUCCUCCUCCCCGGGCCGCCCUCUCCGGCCCAGCCGCUAUGUGCCCGUCGCCGCCGCCACCGCCUUCCUGGUGGGCUCCACCACGCUCUUCUUCUGCUUCACGUGCCCUUGGCUGGCAGAGUACAUCUCCAUGGCUGUGCCAGUCUACAAUGGGGUCAUCUUCCUCUUCGUCCUGGCAAACUUCUGCAUGGCCACCUUCAUGGACCCGGGCAUCUUUCCCAGAGCUGAGGAAGACGAGGACAAAGAGGACGACUUUCGUGCUCCGCUGUACAAGACGGUGGAGAUCCGGGGGAUCCAGGUGCGCAUGAAGUGGUGCUCCACCUGCCGCUUCUACCGGCCGCCACGCUGCUCCCACUGCUCUGUGUGCGACAACUGCGUGGAGGACUUCGACCACCACUGCCCCUGGGUUAACAACUGCAUAGGCAGGCGCAACUACCGCUACUUCUUCCUGUUCCUGCUGUCGCUGACGGCCCACAUCAUGGGCGUCUUCGGUUUCGGACUGCUCUUCAUCCUGCACCACACGCAGCAGUUGGACCGCCUGCAUGCUGCUGUCACUAUGGCCGUUAUGUGUGUGGCUGGUCUCUUCUUCAUCCCAGUAGCAGGUCUCACUGGUUUCCAUAUUGUGCUGGUAGCCCGAGGGAGAACCACCAAUGAGCAGGUGACAGGGAAAUUUCGAGGUGGCGUGAACCCUUUCACGGACGGCUGCUGGAGAAACGUCUCCCACGUGUUGUGCAGCUCACAGGCGCCCAGGUACAUGGGCCGGAGGAGGAGGCUUCAGACUGUGGCUGUUCAGCCUCCCUUCCUCAGACCCCCACUGUCAGAGGCCCAGUUGGUAGCCAAGGUCUUAGACAACGGCAUCCAGGGAGACCUGCACCGGGUAGGCUGUUCUGUACUGUUUCGAGCUUCUGUGUUCCCGGACCUCAUGCUGAGCUGUACCUGCCCUGUCCAUAGUGAGCCUCGGCGCUCCCGGACCUUGUGCCGAGCCGUGCCAGCUCUUUCCAUAGCAGCCCCAUCCUUAGCGAGCCUCGACAUCCCCGGACCCCGUCUUGAGAAUACUCUCUGCUGCAUCUGCCUGAUUCCAGAGAGCUCUCUGCUGAACAAGACCCCGCCCACGCCCACCAUGUACAAGUACCGGGCGGCAUACAACAGCCCCAGCAAGAGCCACACCCCCCUCAGCCAAUCCUACUCCAGCAAGAUGAGUCGGGGCGACAGCCUGAAGGAGUCGUCGUCCCUCCUGGAGUCCAGCCAGCAGGCCGCCUACCGCUCUGAGCCCAGCUUGGAUGGCUGCCAUGGGCAACCAGGUCCCAGGGAGCCCAAUGCUGAGGCCCCGGGGCCCACCGCUUCUGGGGGUGCUAUCCUUGGCUACUCCCUGGGUGGCCGCUCCUUCCCGUCCUUUUCGGACCCCACGGUGCUGUCGGUGGCGGGAUCGCGCUCCUCCAGUGUGCGCUCUGCUCACGCCGGCCACGGCGUCCUCGGCCCGCCACCACCAGAGGGCGCCUGUUCUACCAGCUACCAGAGCUUGGCCAACCAGACUCCACGCAGUGGCAGCCUUUCCUAUGACAGCCUGCUGACGCCAUCGGGGAGCCCCGACUUUGAAGCGGCAGGCCCCGCGCUGUCCCCGGGCCGGCCCCGUGUCCCCCCGCACGCCCGCCCCCUCCCGCACGCCCACCACCCUCCUGUACUGGGCUACAGCUCACCCUUCUUGUCCGCGCAGCUGGCCCAGCAGCGCGACCCCGGGCUGCACCAGGCCUCGGUCGCCCUGCUGUCCUCCCCCCGCAAGGCCUACUUGCACGGUGUGAGCCCACCCCCCACCCCGGUGGACAGGGACCCCCAGCGGCACCCCCAGCACCACGCUCGGCCCCUGCGCUUCUCACGGGCGCCUGUGCUGGCAGACUCGCACCCAGUAGCCUGGGCGCGCUCUCUGGGCUCGCCGGAUUCCCCUCAGGGGACCGUGUCUCCAGGCCCCCUUCCGCACCGGCCCCCGCUGGGCAAGUCUCUGUCGUACUCGAGCGCGGCGGCAGCGGAGAUGCAGAGCCGGCUGGUGAGGAAGGCCUCGGCGGGGGCAGCCAUCCAGGCCCCAAAGGAUGAGAUUCAGAUGAAGUCCUACAGCCGCUCAAACGGGCAGCCAAAAACGGGCCCUCCGCCCUCACCGCAUCAUUCGGCAUCCUCCCCAUCCUCUCCCUCGCACAUGGGGACCCCGGCCCCUCUUACCACUCGGCCAGGCCCAGCCAAUCACAGCACAUCCUCUCUGCACAGCCCCACCCACAAGCAGGGAGUUGGCGUGAAGAAAGUCACAGGCGUCGGUGGGACCACCUAUGAGAUCUCGGUUUGACGGGGGGCCGAUUUAGCGAGGGAUGGCGGUCUGCUGUGGGCCAGUACGCCACUCAACUGGGUGCGGGCAGGCGCAUGGACGUGUUCUGCAGCCGUGACUGAAGCCUGGGGUGCCGUGUCACUCGUCACAGUGUGGCCCCUGCUGGCUCGCUCUUGCUGUGACAGCAGGAACCGUAUCGAAACACCCAGGAAUGGAAGGUGAAGCCCACAGAGUGAUGCACAUUGUUUCUACCCAUUUGGAUUUUGACCGCUAGCCGCCGCAGCCCGGCCCGACCAGGCGCUCGCUCCCUCCUGUCCGCGGGGCCGCGUUUGCCGACUGACAGGCGGCUCCCGCUUGCCCAUGCAGCUGUCGGGCGCCGGCGUUCGUUUUUAUUUGAAUUAUUUAUUUUUACAUUUUUAUCAAUUUAUAUCGUGGGUUUAAUAAAAGCGAGAGGCUGAAGGGUGGCUAUCUGGACGGGACAGUCUUCGUGCAGCCAGCUGGACCUCCUGCCUGUCUCGGCUCUCGCCGAAAGCGAAGACCGAGGCCCUGCAUGGCCUGCCACCUUCACGGGCCCUGGCAGAGCAUGGAUGGCUGAUUCUCCCUUCAAAAUGCUAGCGUGCAGUUGCUUCUUGAGGGUUUUCUGAUAUAGUCACUGAGGAAUGACACCUUGUUUUGAAUUGCUGUAUAUUUCUGGAUGUUUAUAAUGUCAGUUUAUCAGUUAAGUCAUUAGGUCACCUUCCACACAAAGGCUGGCCAAUUAUGUGACUGUGGCAUUGUAUAUGAGAACCAAUCCAAUCAUUGUUGGACUGGGACCCAGAAGGAAGAUUUACAUCUUUCAAAAUGAUGAUCUGGUUUAUAUUGGAAUGUUAUGAAAUUUAAUGUCUCAUCAAUCCAGUCAGAGGAAAGUGUUUAAACUUUUAAAAUUGCACUGUGUGACAUUGUGAUGUCAGAAGGCUAGAAUGUGACAGCAGUUGUGACCAGCCAAUGCCUAUGCAGAAAUAACAGGAAAGGCGGGGCUUGUGUGUAUUGUGCAUAUGUGAGUGUGAUUGGCUGUGUGUAUGUCUGUCAGUAUGGCUGACCAAUGAUAAUAAACUGUUUGUAAAACAUUUUGAAAGCC